CGGCCGCAGCUGCCGGCGAGCGAGCGCGGAGGCGCUUUCCCCUGCCCCGGGAGGAGAGCCGGAGCCGCCGCCGCCGCCGCCGCCGCCAGCGCUGCCGAGACGCGUCGCGCGGCGCUCCGGCGCGCCGCUCCGGCCCCUGCGCCAGCAUGGAAGAGCUGCUGGCCCUGGCGCUGCAGGUGCUGAGCCUCUGGUUCUCGAUGGCGUUGCUGCUGAUCGUGCUGCCGUCCGUCUUCGGCGUCUCCUUGGGUAUCUCGGAGCUGUACCUCAAGGUGCUGAUGAAGACGCUGGAGUGGGCCACACGGCGGAUUGAAAGGGGAAUCAAGAAGCAGCACGAGAAGGAACAGCAGCAAAAGAAGAAGGAUGGACAGAACCCCCCCGUUUCAAAUGUUAUCAUACAGAGAGAUCCAACCACAAUGGAGAAUGCAAUCGCUGGCCUCCGCUCUGGGGACUUUGAACUCUCGGACAUUUUUUAUUUCUGCAAAAAGGGGUUCGAAGCGAUUGUGGAAGAUGAAGUCACUCAAAGGUUCACCUCGGAGGAGCUGGUCUCCUGGAAUCUCCUCACGAGGACCAAUGUUAAUUUCCAUUACAUCAGUUUACGGCUGACUAUCGUGUGGGUUAUUGGAGUCCUGGUGCGGUAUUGCUUACUGCUGCCUCUUCGUGCUGUCUUGGCGGCCAUUGGAAUUAUUUCUAUGAUUGUGGGCACCACGCUGGUAGGGCAGCUGCCAAAUGGGGUAACCAAAGACUGGCUGAGUGACCUUGUCCAUCUGACAUGCUCCCGGAUUCUGGUCAGAGCGCUCUCCGGCAACAUUUACUACCAUAAUAAAGAGAACAAGCCCCAGAAGGGAGGUAUUUGUGUUGCAAACCACACAUCUCCAAUCGAUGUUAUAAUCUUGACGAAUGAUGGCUGUUAUGCAAUGGUUGGCCAGGCUCAUGGGGGCCUGAUGGGCGUCAUUCAAAGAGCCACCGUCAAGGCCUGUCCGCACGUCUGGUUUGAACGGUCCGAAAUGAAAGAUCGCCAUCUAGUGACAAAAAGAUUGAGGGAACAUGUUUCCAGUAAGGACAAGCUGCCCAUCUUAAUUUUUCCAGAAGGUACUUGCAUAAACAACACCUCAGUAAUGAUGUUUAAAAAGGGAAGCUUUGAAAUAGGUGGCACCAUCUAUCCAGUUGCCAUCAAGUAUGACCCGCAGUUCGGAGAUGCCUUCUGGAACAGCAGCAAGCAUGGCAUCGUGAGCUACCUCCUGCGAAUCAUGACCAGCUGGGCCAUUGUCUGCCAUGUGUGGUACAUGCCACCAGUGACAAGAGAGAACGGAGAGGAUGCUGUUCAAUUUGCCAACAGAGUGAAGUCUGCCAUCGCACGCCAAGGAGGGCUUACUGAAUUGCCUUGGGAUGGAGGUUUGAAAAGAGACAAAGUGAAGGAAACUUUUAAGGAGGAAGAGCAGAAGAACUACAGCAAGAUGAUAAUAGGGAAUGGAGCAUCUUCAGCUCGGCUAGCGGACACGAACUGAUUGCUUGCAGCUGACAUUUCUCCUGCCUGAUCACUGUAGACAAGUGUGGAUUCUCCCCGCCCCCCAUUAGAAUGAUUGAAUGAAUAAAUAAAACCACCAAGUGCGAGCAGUGGAGCACGUUGCUUUGUGCUUGUCCAUUUGCUGCCCUCCACCGGUGGAUUCCUGCUUUUGACGCCUGGAAAAGAGAAUUGGCUAUCGGAGCAUCCCAGUGCUUAAAAUGGGGUGAAGCUUUUGAACCUUAGCCCACAAGGGUAAUGUACAUAAAAUAUUGCUAAUUUAAAGAAUCAAGUUGUUUUAUUGUACGAAUUACGGUCGUGUCAUUCACAUCAGUAGGGAACGUUUGAACAAAUGUUCCUGCGGGCAGGUUUCUCCAACCUGGUGCCUUCCAGGUGUAUUAGAUGGCAGCUCUCAGCAAGCCCCUGGGUGACCCUGGGAGCUCCUCGGAGCCAGUGUGGGGGAAGUGGUGUUCUCCCUGGGGGACCGCUGUGUGUUUGAAUAGAUGGUUGUACAUUUCCAAGGUUGUUUCACUGGUGUUUCUUUGUUGGUGGUGUUCAGUAAAUGUUUCAGGGAGGGACUCAAUAUCCGAGUUUAUUAUCAGGCUAAAUAGAUAAAUGGGAAAUGAGAACUGGGUGGUUUUUAUCCUUGCCAGUUUGUAAUGAAGAAUUAGAACAGCCUGCAGACGUUUUCUUUUUUGGAGUUUGCUUCUUGUAGAAACCCACACCAUCUUUGAAAAACAGUGUGGAACCGUAUUCAGUAGAGGCUGGGGAUCUGCCCACCCCCGCCCUCUGCACCGGAGAACGAGCCAGUACUGUAACAAGCUCCAACCUUGCAAACCAGUGCUGCCCCUUCAAAAUACAAGACUGAAAGGAGGAAGGGGAAGGACACACACUGGAGGGAAAUAAGUGUUCUGUGAAGGCACUGCUCUCAUAGACUGUGUUGGCAACAGCUUAUUUGUGUAUCUGUCACUUAACUGUCUGAGAUGUCAUGUUGCCUUAUUGUAAAUUGAAAUAAAUUCUAUAUUUCUAACUACUGUCA